AUGUCCACUCCCUUGUCGUCUACCCCGCGGCCCACGGGCGGGACCCCGUCCCAGGCGACCGCGUCCGUCGUCAAGUUUCGCUGUCUCUACACGCAUGAUCUCCGCCGCAAAUCGAAACGAUGGCAGGACGGUUACCUUCGGUACCACACGUUCAAUAAACGGAUUAUGGUUUUCGAUGAGCAGGGGAACUUCAUCGGCGAUCACCAUUGGCGGUCCGGCGAUGAGGUCCAGGAUGGGGACGAGCUCGAACUGGAUAAGGGCGCGCUGAUUCAGGUGUGCGAGGCUAUGGGAACGACUCAGACCGACUUGUCGAAUCUGUUCGAGAAGCGCAAAUCCAGCCAGACAUCGCCCCAGUCCAAUGCUCCCGGGUCUCAACCGCGCACGUCCACGCCCCUCCGUUCGUCGGGUUCCUCGCAGCCAUUCCGCUCGCUCAAUGAUCUACUUGGUAUCAAGAAAACUUCUAUCGGGCAUCUGGUGUCACCGUAUGAAGAGCGACACCCACAGGCUCCCCGUCCAAAUACUCAGGAUGUGCCUGAACGAGCGCCGAAGCGACAGAAGAAAUCCUCGGAGGGCAAUGUCAGGGCAAGCUCUGACGUCGAACCCGCGGUGGUUGACCUCACUCAGACAAAACCCAAAGCACCAUCGAGAAAGCCGAAGCCGCCAAGUACUAUACCAACCAACGAAACAUUAAAAUCCCACAAGAACCCUGGACUGAACAAGCCUUCGCCUCGCGAGGAAAGAUCCAAAGAUGCGCCGGAAUUUGUACGACCCCAGAAGCCUGAAAAGUCUACAGUGUCGAAACCUUCCAUGCCUCCCGCACCUCCGGCAUCAAAACCGACGAUGAGCCGUCCCGCUCCAGAGGCGCCAGCUCGUACAGUGGUCAAGGAUGCGGUAAAGAAUAUGGCCGAGGAUGCGCGCCCUAGAAAGUCUGAAAGCGCCCGAGAGCCGAGUAUCUCCCAACCCUCUGCUUCCCGGACAUCUUCAAGCAACCCGUCUUCGGAUACACCAACGAGCACCCUCAGGAUGGCUGUUGACAAACCGCGAAAGAAACUCAUUUACCGCGCGCUUUUGCCAGACCAAACAUCGCGAACCCCGGUCUCCGCACCGUCAAUAAUACUAUCAAAUGAAAAUAAGAGCGAGUCUGCUUCAACCACUACGCAACCUCGAGCAGCCACCGACCCAGCUCCAGACCCCCCGUCCACGAACGCUGAUUUCGCGCCCUCAGUAUCGACUCAAUUCAUCCUCGAGGAAAUGAUAGACGAUUCAGGGGCUCAACCAACUUCGACCACAAAAACAGAUCGACAUCCCAAGUACGAACCGGGCCACUUGAACCCAAUGGCGCCGAACCUACCAGCACGGAGAUCUCUAGAUGCGCCUUUGCGCAAGUCGAUCUCAGACCCUACCACCCUAACUGCCAGACCCAGUCUUCAGGGCCGGCCUCCGCUCACUCGGAGCUCUUUGAGCACUGCUGCGUGUCCAGACGAACCCCAUGAUCAGGGGCCGUGGACGGCCGAGGCCAUGGACCUGUUUAAUUUCUGGCCUCCAGGGCGAGUAAAACCCGGCUAA